AAAAAAAUAUAUAUGUAUGUAUAUGCACACCACAAAAAUAUAUAUUGAAAAUACUUGAGAAAAACGAGGAUGAUGUUGGGCCCAACAUUCAACGCCACUCCAAUCGUCUUCCUUCCGAUUUCCCCUAAUCUACGGAUCCCCACCUAACCAUGGCUUCAGCGAUCUUCAAUCAACCAUGCCUUUCAUCACCAUCAUCAUCAUUAACACUACCCAAAAUUGCUAGAAAACCCCUCAUUUAUGCUUCUUUAUCCCCCUCUCACAUUUCAUGCUCAAGAACCCCAAUCACUCGUUCCUUAACUCUGGGUUUUACUCCAUUUUCUACUUGGAAUGGCCUCAGGAGAACUGGGUUCUCACUCUCACUGCAAUCUUCCAAAUUAGAAAAGAGAAAGAAAUGUAAAGGGAAGGGUGUGUAUGCAUCUUUGUUUGGAGUUGGGGCUCCUGAAGCUUUAGUGAUUGGAGUGGUGGCUCUGUUGGUUUUUGGCCCUAAAGGUCUUGCUGAGGUUGCAAAAAAUUUGGGAAAAACUCUGCGUGCGUUUCAACCAACCAUCAGGGAACUUCAGGAAGUAUCAAGGGAAUUUAAGACCACACUUGAAAAGGAAAUUGGUCUCGAUGAGCUUAAGAAUCCGGUACAAGGAAAUUACACUUCCAACACAGUCAGACCGCCUCCCGAUACCCUUCAGAAUUCUCAGUUAACAGAAACACCGCCUGCCGCCACCGCCACCACCGAAGAUUCCGAGGCAACCACAACAACUCCUGCUGACGGUCCGGAGGAUUCCCAGGAAACUGUAACAACCUCUGAUGUCAGCCCGGUGUAUUCCCAGGAAUCAGUGACCACCUCUGAUGUCAGCCUGGAAAAUUCCCAGGAAUCAGUAACCACCUCUGAUGUCAGCACUGAGGAUUUGCGGGAAACAACUGCAGAUCCUGCUGUCACCAUGGAGGAUUCUCAGCCUACAGUUGACACCACAAACGGGUCGACUUCAAGCAAAGCAUAUACAAGUGAAGACCUUUUAAAGAUCACAGAAGAACAGCUGAAAGCAGUUGCUUCUCAGCAGCAGGAAGAUCAGCCCUCAUCUCCUGACAGCCCCAAAAGCGAGAUCUGAAAAUUUUAAAGGAAAUGCCAGUUAGUUUUGAUCAGAAGACAAGACGACGGAGUUGACUUUGUAGAACCAAGUCAACUUUAGAAAUUUAAUUUGUGAGUUUAUUUGCUAUUGAAAGGAACAGGCUAGGAAGUUGUUAGGAUGUAAGAUUUUGUUUUCUGUAAUCGAGCAAUUUGUUGUUGUACACUUAGCCGAUUCUUAUUGUUCAAUUCAUAUGUAUUGUCAUUUCAUCCA